AUGGAUUCCUUAUCCUCGAGAUCUACGGUGCAGCAGUUAGCCACAGCUUUGCAACUCUCGAUUCCGGCAUCUGCAGCCUCUCUUGGUGAUUUGACUUUGCUUUCGUUUGGCCUUGGCACCGUAAACCUGGAAGGUCUUGAUGCUUUCCUGGCUUCCAAAGGCUGGUCACCUGAUGCAGAUGAACUCCCUGUCCUCAGGAUUCUGUGGGUGCAGGCUCAGAAGAUAUGCACUUUGCCGUCGGUGGCCUCAGAUUCCUCUGCGAGUACUUUGCAUACGUCUUGGGCGGAGACCUUUCCUCCCAAGCUCUCCUCGGAAACGACUUUGCAGUUGAAGCGGGAUUUUGAGAAAUCCUACCCAUCCGAAAUUCUCGAUGACACCAACUUUCCGAGUGCGCGUUUGCUUUCUCUCGCUUACAGGCUUAAAGGCACGUCGGACUGGAAGUUCAUCUCCUGGAAACAUAGACUUUCCAAACAACAAGAAGAGGAUUACAACUCGUCCAGACCCAGAAAGUUGGCGAGAUUUGAGAACUUUACCGACGUCCUUUACGACGACGUGCCCUCUCGCAACGUUGCGGAGAACAUGGGAUUAUAUGGAAUAAGCAAUUUACUUUCCAUACAUUCCAACGCGCUCGCGCUUGCGGACAUCGCUCAUCUUGCUACUUUACGUUCCUAUGAGCGUAAAUUCUUGAAACAUGUUCAGGCAAGACCAGACCCAACUUUGCGUCCGCCCAAUGCACAGGAGUGCGAAGCAGCAGAUCGUCGAUGUUGGGAAGUCGUUGGCCAACUUCGGCAGGAAGGCUGGUCGGUGGAUGAUGCUUUACAUGAGUUCACUGACGUUCGUGCCGAGCUGGUUGCUUUGCUUGCUCCUCGACUCGCUCCUUUCAAAGGCAAGAAAGGUGAUGGAAAGGGUGGCAAGGAGCCCUGGAAGGGCCUUACCCCCAAAGGAGGCAAGUCCACAGGGGGCAAAGGCGGCACAACUCCAGGAAAGGGGAAGUCUACCUUUACCAAAGGUACACAUGCCUUUGAGUGGGCAAACAAAGCGAAGAUCAAUGGUGAGACCAAGGUGCUUUGCAUGGCAUACAGUACCCACAAAGGCUGCACUUCCAACAAUUGCAAGUUUGAGCACCUUUGCCCCGUGAUCCUGGAGAACGGCAAGAUUUGCCUGCAGAAGCAUCCUGCUUUUCAGCAUGCACAAAAGGCAGGCGAGGAAGGCCUGGUUCCAGUUGCUUUGCCUGCAGAUGCUACAGGAGAUGCUCCCUUUUCACCACCAGGUACUACCUUUCCGGAGCCCGUGGUACAGAGUGCUCCUCAGAACUUUGCAUGCUCUGUCUCGGAACUCGACUCAGGCUUUUUCCUGGACAUCAACGGUGGGGCCCGGCGCCCUCUUUCAGCAGCAUUUCUUGGAGCUGGCUGUGAUACUUUCUCGGUCGCUCCCGAAAUUUUCCCUGAACGUGACCUUCUACAAGAUGCGUUCUUCUUUUCCUUGCUCAGGGUUUGUCACUCUGGGCAGGUUGCCCUUUUGCACAUCUUGCUCUGCGCCGGUGAUUUCCCUUCGAAUCUUUUCGACCGUAUGAUUCAGAUAGCACACGCAUGCUUUGCAGCGGGUUCUCACGUACUGCUCUCUCAGCACUCUGGUUCUUCAGUGUGGAGCCAUGCUUCGGUGAUUUUUCUUUUACAGCAGAUGGGUGCAGAUGCCAUUUUCUGGGACCCACAACGGUUUGGUUGCAACUUCGACGGCUUUGGGCAUGUCAAAGCGAGAUUCGAUCCACCCUUUGCCAACCAGGAUGGUGCUGGGAUUUACUCAGUUGAGGCCUUUGCGGAUGCAAGAGCUGAUGGAGAGCUUAUUGGGAUUGGCGGUUUUAUUGCCUUCCCGUCUGGUGCUUACAUUUGGUUUUCUCAGGCCUGGCAGCUUUCCGAUCUGUCGGUUUUGAGUUUGGAACUUCGCCGACCCGCGCAUAAGGACAUUGCCUGCUAUGAGACUUUGGCGCAGAUUGCUUUGGUACAUGCUUACAGGUCAGUAUUUCCUUCGGGUCGUGUGGCAGUUCGCCUCCCCUCCUUUUCUGACAACGCCUCGACAGAGGCCUUGGGGGCGAAGCUUUACACUGCCAAGUGGCCAUUGGGAGCGUUUGCCCAGAAACUUUCCCUCAUAUCUGCAGCCUCGGGGAUUGAGCUGGAUAUUUCUCACAUCGCCGGUGAGAAAAAUGAUGAUGCAGAUCUGUUGAGCAGGUGGAAUCAAACUGAUUCUUUACCUGACAAAUGGCGCAAAGAAGACCGGGUGGACUGCUCUCUCAAGUUCAUCUGGUUCUUUCGCAAGGAAGUCCUGGUGUGGCCUUCCCACUUUUCUUUGCCAGCGGAGACACCGGAACGACAUGUGUCAGAUGAUGACAUAUGA